AUGAGUCAAACCUCGCACCUGCAGCAUCUUCGUGCCCACGUCAGCAGCCCUGCCGUGCAGAAUGCAGUCGCGGGUAUCAGUAUCGCCUUCUCCGCGGGAGUUUUUGUUUCGCUCAACCUGCUUGGCGCGGGUGGUGGUCGCCCUGAGUCCUCCCACGUCAUACAGACUGCCAAUGCGAUACUCUCAUCGGUAUGGUUCUUGUCGGCAUGUGUAGGCGGCACGUACCUCAACAUCCUGGGUCCGGGCGUGACCAUGUGCUUUGGAAUAUGCACGUAUGCCCUGUACGUGGGGUCUCUCUGGCACUAUGAAGUUACCGGACACCAAGUAUUUCCUCUGGUAGGUGGAGCGGUCAUCGGCGUUGGUGCAGGAGCUGUUUUCGUCACAUCAGGCUACAUCCAAGUGGCUUACUCUAACGAUAAGAACAAGGGAAAGUUCAUCGCCAUCCAGAACACGUUACAGGCCGCCGGGUCUAUCGUAUGCAGCAUCCUUCCUGUCGUACUCAACCGAGAUAACGAUACCCGGGCCGGUGUCUCCACUGCGGUGUAUGUGACCUACAUAGCCUUGAUGCUGAUCGUGGCUCUGCUCUCACUUGUCACCCUCCGGCGACCGACCGAGGUGAGGGACGCGACAGGCAAGGAUGUUGCGGUACAAGAGAGGCGUGACUUUGCAGCCGAGAUCAGAGCCAACUUGAGCGUCUUCAAAGACUGGAAGCUCCUCCUCAUGCUUCCCGCCUUUCUUCCUGCCGGAUCCUUCUUGGUCUAUCUCGGUUCGGUCAAUGCUUUUGAGAACAACCUCCGGGCGCGGUCUCUAUUGUCCUUCAUCGCACUGGUGGUCCAGAUCCCCUUUGGCCACGCCCUGCACCUGAUCCUCGACAAUGCAGGAUGGUCGAAGCGAAGGCGCGCGCUGAGUGGCCUGGCAUUCGUUGCCAUUCCAUUGUCGGCGGCGUGGCUCUGGGAGAUUGUCCGAACGGGAAGCCUCGAUCGUGGCAACGCGCAUGGCCAGCCCGUCGACUGGACUGAGCGUGAAUUUGGACCGGCCAUGGUGCUGUUUGUCAUGAACUGGACAGCCUCAAUCAUGUGGCAAUAUCUCGUGCCAUGGUUCAUCGGGAACCUGGAUAUUCCGCGAGGCACGAUCGGCCACUACAUGGGCGUCCAGCGAGGAUUCCUGGCCGCUGGGGAGGCAAUAUGCUUCGGCGUUGAUGCUGCGAAGAUCUCAUACGCUGCUUUUUCUGGGGCCAUCUUUGCGUUCUACUUCGUUGGUGGUGCCGUUCUUGCAUACAUCGGCGCGUGUCACCUCGCGACGCCCAGCCUGACCCCUGUUGCUGGUACGUUGAGUGCUACGCAGAACGGCAUUGAUGAUGCGAACGAUGAGAAAGAUGAAUCGCUAACGAUCGUCGGGUCGAGUGGAACUCGAACGGGGUGA